GCCCUGUACUCCUUACAUUGAAGAUGAGGAAUCUACGAGUUCUAAAAUGCUUAAGCAUGAUAUUUUACCCGUCAUCGACGAGGUUCCUUCGGCUUUCUUUGACUUUCUCGUGGUACUGGAUCCGCACUUUUGGUAGUUCCGAAAGCCAUGUUAGGACCCGUUUGGUGCCUCGUCUCCGUCCACUUGAUAUGUCUUCCAAUGACUCGCUCCAUCCUGGCUGCGACCAGUUGCUGAAACGAUGGUGACCUAGAUUUCGACAAAACGGCCUCAUCAACAGCGAGAGGUUGAUUUUUCUCUCCCAGUAAAGAUCUCUCAUCCGCUGUCCUCUGCUUCAGACAGGACGCGAAUGGAAACGCUUCCGCGCUGCCCACAGAAUAGCGCUCAAUCUCUUAAUUUCACUCUAUGCACAAAUCCGGGACAUGGCCAGAUUGCGAGGGCCAAUGCGGCAAGAACAUGUGGACAUUGAGGUAAACGUCGAGCAGCCUUUUCGGGUCCCCUUUGUUCUCUUAGGCUCCGAUUCGGGCUCCUAUGUAGAGAAGAGAUAAAUGAGAUCCUAUUCUGAUCCCCCUUACUUCUGCUUUUGUUCCCCCCAUAUUGUUGAUUGCAAUAUAAUGUAACUAGUUUACUGUACAGUGUCGGAGCAUAAUAUUCUCAACGAGACUGAGAAUUGGCUCGAACCGCUGUCGGCUUUCCGGGAAUGCCCGCUCGUCGGAAUAAUGAAGACCGCGCAAGAUGGAGAAGCAAAUGCCGUUGUAUGUUAUCAAACCAUCUCGAACAAAAGCUAGGAUUGCAUAUAGAGCCGUCACAAGUUCGCCUGGUUCCAACGAGCAACGAUCCAUACCGUUGGAAAUAUCCUCCACGUCUUCAAAAACUAUUUACUAAAAAUAUGAGCGAUCAGUCAAUUGGGGUCUAUAAGAUUCUAUGCCGGGAGAUCGAAGUUAAAAAGUCUAUCAUAGCAGUAGCACAAGAUGAAUCUGGAGGGCUUGACGAAGGGGCAACGAGCGAUGAUGAACGCCCACGGUCGUCAGAACCAGAGCUCGGACCACUUCUCACAACUGAGCAAUUGCAAAUUGAAAACCAAAAGCUCUCCAAAGAGGUGCUAUUAUUGCACGAUCAGGCCACACACGCUCAAGAGGAAGCAGAUCGAAAGGAUCGAGAGAUCGAACAACUUCGACAGGAAAUACAGAAGUCGACAUCGACAAGAGACUAUUUUCAAGCCUAUUUACAGAGAUGUUCACAACAAGUCGAAAACGCAUCGAAGCUACUCGAGUCAUUAAACCGCGAACUGAGAUGCGACAUCGCUGUCAUUCUUAGUUAAUCUAACUACGACUGACCACGCUCUCGAGGACGGUACUCAUACUGAGAAUUUCUCUUGAAUUUCGAUUCAAUACCCGCUGAACACUCGGAUGAUCGCUGAAGACAUAUUUGCGUUUUGGGAGAUGGGACCCCAAUAUGUACAAUUGGACCGGGAAUUUGCAGGUUGCUUUACAAUGUCGGGACGUCUCCAAGAGAUCAAGAAUUUACACAAUAUAGGUCAAGGACUUUCCAGAAGAAGGGAGGGUGUCGAGCCAACGUAGUUGGGGCAUUAUUGAGUCUAGGUUGAGUGUAAAUUCUGCAGAUCCACAGCUUGGUGUUGAGCAGCGUGAAGAUAAUUUGGAACGUGACGCAGAAUCGAAGAGGCAGAGGCGCGCUCGAGCACUGGGCGAGCGACAGAGAGUGGGUGCCAGUGCACUUCUGAGGACGGCUUGGCGGGUUCUGAAGCGUGCACUGAGCGGCCCAAGCACCUAGCGUAGGGAUCACCUUCGGAAGGGCCCAACUUCCGGGGACAUGUUUGCAGAACCGAUAUUCACAUGCAAAUCACGUGC